AUGGUCUUGUUAUCUGCCGAAAUUUUGCUUGAAGGGCAGCUUGACAGACGGACAGAGAUAGAAGUUGUAUUGGACACAACACGAUUUCAAAACCAUGGGAGACUUCGGCCCGAAGCAGAAGACAAGGAGAAGCAGGCAGAGGAGGAGAGGAAGCUCGCGGAGGAACUCCAGAGGCAGGAAGCCGAGCUGAGAAAGCAAGCAGAGGAACGGGAGUGGCAAGAGAGGGAACGCAACCAACCGACGACUUUUCCAGAGUUUAUCCGAUAUUGCCAUGAUCUUCUUUGGAGGCCCCUACGAGCGCAAACACCGUCUCGCUCCACGACGGGCAAAAUCCUUCUCCCACCGGAAAACACUGAAAUUUACAAUUCUGUUUGCCGCUACCUUCAACCGACACAAGAGGACGCGCGACAGUUAUUCACGCCACUAGUUGCAUUGGAAGAUCAUGGUCGACGAUUUGCGCGUCGAUCGAUUAGCAGUGAACAGGACCUCGAGACCUAUGAGCGACUUGCCGCUGAAGACCAUGUGCACGAUAUCGUCGCGGAGUUAUGCAAGAUACCAGGUGCUUGUGAGGAGUUUUGCUUAGGUAGUGGAGUGUGGUUCGACAAUCACGCCAACGCCCUGGACGGAGAUGAUGGAAUUGAUGCUAGCCAGCCAUCAACGACAAACCCUUCGAAGCCGGAUCAAUUCUGCAUUCACCGGGUGGACGGGACUACGAGUACCUUGCACACUCCCGUCGAAUACAAACCACCCCAUAAGCUCUCCGUGGCGAUUUUGCGUGAGGGACUUCGGCCGAUGGACUUUUGGCACGAAAUUGUAGAACGGGAUACUGUUCCGACUGAAGAACCGCAGAAGUCAAGAUAUAACGCCGCUCGGCUGGCCGGGUCCGCCAUUGUUCAAGAGUUCCACGUGAUGAUUCAAGAGGGUCUCACGUAUUCAUAUUUAACGAACGGCCUGAUGGACGUACAGCUCUGGGUGCCCUACGACGACCCAACCACCCUCUAUUACCAUCUGGGUGACCCCAGUAUGUGUGAAAGACCUGGAUCUCUUAUGACUCGAAUUGAGAGGACUCUAUGCCUUUGUUUGAUGAGUUUUCGCACUCCUCUUCGUGAUCAGGCCUGGCGGAAUGCCGCCGAAGACGAGCUACCGAAAUGGCGCACGAGUUUUGAUAGCGAGCGCUCCCAUAUCCCAUCGACAGCAUUACCACAGAACCCGAACGUAGACUAUGCUACCUCUGAAUAUAGUAGCCCGGAGCAAACUACAUCCGAGUACCUAUCUUCAUCGUCUCCUACAGGGUCUCCUGUCACCAAAGGUCGUUUCGUACUUACACGAGCGGGCUCUGGCUGCGCGCCAUUAACCCAACAAAAUGUCCGAGAGGAUUCCCCUGAUUCUGAGGUAGACCGCAACGCAUCUGUGGGACGGAAGCGGGGGUUCAGCCAGGUCACAUCGUCCCCUACAACCAAACAAUCUGCACUUCAGACAAGUCCCCAAGGGAACCAAAGCGGGCAAUCUCGUACACUUGUUGCUCGAUAUUGCACACAAAAGUGCCUUGUCGGAUUACAGCAGGGCGGUAUGCUAGACCCCGACUGUCCAAAUAGGGAGCUGCAUAUGCUUAGCGGAAAUAAGGACCGCCACCCAAUCAGUGCAGCUGACCUUGUGAUAAAACUUAAGGAGCAGCUCGAUCAGGAUCUGGAUCAUAACUGCACUCCAAUAGGCUCUUGUGGUUCAUAUGGUGCACCAUUCAUGAUUACUUGUGCCACUUUUGGAUACACUGUUGUUGGGAAAGGGACGACUUCGAGGCUCUGGGCGGAGGUGUCGCGCGAAGCAGAGGUCUACCGGGUUCUCCAGCGUGCCCAAGGAUUGGCAGUUCCAGUCUUUCUCGGUGCUAUCAAUUUGGCCCAAAUCAACUUUCUUCACGGCGCGGGGAAAAUCCGUCAUAUGCUACUGAUGGGCUGGGGUGGUAUAAGCGUGAGCCAUAUGACUCGCGACAAGGCCGUUCAGCGUGCGAUUUCUCGGUCAGUGAAGGAGAUCAGCUCUUUAGGAAUUUGUCACCAGGAUCUUCGCCCGGAAAAUAUUUUAUGGGAUGCUGAGCUCAAACGAGCCUUAAUUAUCGAUUUCCAUCGGAGCAAACUGGAGCGCCGGCCGAAGCACAAGCGAAUAGUCCUUCUCAAACGACUACAAUGUGGUUCCGAAGAACGUGAAUCAAAAAGAUUGCGUGUCGUGUAA